AUGCACAUUCUCAUUACAGGCGCUGCUGGCUUCAUCGGCCAAUUGCUUGCAAAAGAGCUUCUCAACGACCCUUCAUAUACACUCAUCCUGACCGACAUCAAUGAACCACCAGUUCCGGCCGGGGUCAAAUAUCCCCAAAAUGCACGCACCAUAACGGCGGACCUUCUCAAGGGAGCUGAUGCAAUAGUGGAAAAGUCCUUGGAUGCUGUUUACGCAUUUCACGGCAUCAUGUCAUCUGGGUCCGAAGCCAACUUCGAUCUGGGCAUGACUGUCAAUGUCGAUGCCACUCGCAAUCUACUCGAAGCCCUUCGCGCAACUUGCCCUGGUGUCAAGGUGAUAUAUUCUUCCAGCCAAGCCGUAUAUGGUCUACCACUUCCUGAAGUAGUGGAUGAUACAAUUAUCCCCACGCCUCAAUCAUCGUACGGUGCGGAAAAGAUCAUUUGCGAAACACUUAUCAAUGAAUACACACGACGCGGCUUCAUCGCAGGUUUUACUCUCCGAUUUCCCACCAUCUCCGUUCGACCUGGCCGUCCCACCGCUGCCGCUUCCUCAUUUCUCUCCGGGAUGAUCCGCGAACCCCUCAACGGUGAGGAGUGCGUCAUUCCGGUUGAAGAUCGGUCCUUCAAGUCGUGGCUCUGUUCGCCUAAAACUCUCGUCCAUAACCUGAUACUCACCCUUUCAUUAUCCGCCAAUUCUGUGCCACUUCAUAUUCGCCAAAUCAAUGUACCAGGGAUUUGUGUCACCGUGCAAGAGAUGAUGGAUGCAUUGGCAAAGGUGGGAGGAGGAGAAAAACUGGUCCUACUAAAAGAAAAGGAGGACCCUACACUCAGACCAAUUCUAGACUCAUGGCCGACAUGUUUUGAUAAUUCACAGGCAAUCUCUUUGGGAAUGAAGCGUGACACCUCGUUUGAGGAGGCAGUCAGGGAUUACCAUCUUUCUGUCACCCAAUGA